AUGAGGGCCUUCGUGGAUGACUUUACAGCGUGGAUCACGGGACCUACGGCGCAGAGCAACCGAGAAGGCAUAGAAGCCAUCAUCAGGGACGCCCUAGACUGGGAGACAAGGAGUGGUGCGACCUUCAAUGUCCAGGAGACAGCAAUCAUACACUUCACUCGCACAAUCUAUAAGACCGACGCACAACCAUUCACCAUCAAGGGGCAGAUUGUCAAGCCUCAAGACCAUGUCAAGAUCCUUGGCGUGCUCAUGGACACAAAACUAAAGUACAAAGAACACAUUUGGAGGGCUGCGUCCAAAGGCCUGGAAGCAGCGAUGGAACUGAAACGCCUCCGAGGUCUGUCCCCAUCAACGGCGCGGCAGCUGUUUACAUGCACAGUUGCCCCCGUGGUAGACUACGCCUCCAAUGUGUGGAUGCACGCAUGCAAGAAUAAACUCGCAGGACCCAUCAACAGGAUCCAGAGAGUGGCGGCGCAAGCCAUCGUGGGGACCUUCCUCACAGUGGCAACGAGCGUAGCGGAAGCAGAAGCUCAUAUUGCCAGCGCACAAGAUCGGUUCUGGAGACGGGCCAUCAAACUAUGGACCGAUAUUCACACCCUGCCAUACACCAACCCAUUACGCAGAAACACGUCUCAAAUGCGAAAGUUCAGGAAAAGCCACCGCUCGCCACUCUACCAGGUGGCAGACACACUGAAAGACAUCGCAAUGGACGAGCUGGAAACCAUUAACCCGUUCACAUUGACACCUUGGGAGAACCGUGUACAAACUGUCACUAACGAGCCGACGACAACACGCCGGAAUGCCAACGACGAUAUUAUAUGCAUCGCCGUAAGCAGCUCGGCGCGAAACGGCCUGGUGGGAGUUGGCGGAGCUGCGACGCUGCCGGCAUCUGCAUACGGCACCCCAAAACUUGGGACCUUCUCCUCUACGCUUGGCUCAAGGUCAGAACAAAAUCCAUACUCUGGGGAACUUGCGGCCAUCGAACGAGCGUUAGGCACACUGCCAACGUUUAGAUCUAGCCGCAUCGAGCUCUCAACACGCAACAAAGCGGCUGUUCUCGCGAUCCGACACGCUCGACGACAGUCCGGGCAACGGCACAUCUGCCAGAUAUACCAAUCAAUCAGAGAACUACGCAGGAACGGAAACACAGUAUCAAUACGAUGGUUCCCUGCAAGAGAAGAAAACAAGCUUUGGGAAAUCGCCAAGGGGAACGCAAAACAUGCCACUCGACAGGGCGCCGCUCCGGAAGUACAAAUGCCCAGGAUGCGGUCGACAACCCUCAACGUAGCACGGUCCAAGAGAGACAGCGGCAAUCACCUGCCAGACAAAGUCGGAGCUCAUUCCAAGCGAGUCGACGCAGCACUACCAGGGAAACACACCCAACUGCUGUACGAUCAUCUAUCUCAUAAGGAGGCUGCCAAACUUGCUCAGCUCAGAACAGGCAUGGCAAGGCUCAACGGUUACCUCCACCGAAUCGGAGUAGCACCGUCAGACCAGUGCGCAUGUGGACAAGCAAAUGAGACAGUGGACCACUUCCUAUUCCGAUGCACAAAAUGGACAGCGUACCGAAGAAAGAUGCUCGAAUGUACAGACACUCAGAGAAGCAAUAUUUCCUUCUAUCUAGGAGGGAAAUCGCCGUCGGACAAGAACGACUGGACUCCUGACAUGGCUGCCGUUCGCGCAACCAUACGGUUCGCAAUGGCGACGGGCCGACUCGACACGAACGAACCACAGGCCGACUAA